GCCAAGCCAAAAUUAACGGUAAAACAAACGUUAAAAACACACCCAAAACAGAAAGAAGACAGAUAAACAUCUGAAUAAAUAAAUAAACAAAUAAAGAAACGAUAUUUUCGUUUUUCGACAACUGUAAACGGUCACAUUACUCAGUGUUCGCGUUUACUGUCAGUGCAUUUUCAGUGACAACUUCGUUUUCGAGGAUUACUUCGAUUAUCUAAAUCCAAGAUGUCCAUCACUUCAGUUCAGACUGCCCCCGAAAGUCUUUCCCGCCAUGGAAGCAACAUCUCGCUGUCCUGCCACAGUUUGUGCGGUAGCGUCGAUGAUGGUCUUCAGGGCUCUCAUCCGCAAUACCAGGACACAAUCCUCACCAUCGAGGAACUUCGUGCCCAGCUAAACUCCUGCUUUACAUGCGGAGUAUCGUGGAGUGCGGAACACGUUUCCCUCGAUUGCAGUGAAUGUGGUGGUUACUCGUUGGAACGUCCCUGCCCGUUAUGCGACGGACGUUGCCACGCCGUUUGGAAGCGCGACCUCACCAUGUCCCAUGCCAGUGGAAAGGCAAGAUGGAUCGGUGAGUGCGCCCUGAGCUGCGGUCCCUCCCUCGAGGAGUCUUUGGUUCCUGCGUUAGAAAAGCUGCGAGCUACUUCCUGAACGGAAAGUUCCGAGGCGCAGCCCCAACCUUGCACAAGACUUAACCACCACCAUCCAUAGCGUCACUCAUCCACCAUCGAGAGCGAAUUAAGGACGAAUGAAUGAGGAGGAAUUGAUGUUCCACGAGUCGAUUCACUCGGUACAAUGUCUGUAGAAAAAUAUAAAACGAUGGUCGUCUGUGAUUGGCGAGUACCAGCAUCGCUCGUUCGUCGUCUGUCGUAAUGAAAAUUCGACGAAAAACACGA